GCCGCGCCUCACUGGCAGCGGCGGCGGUGGCGGCGGCGGCGGCGGCGGCGGCUCCCGGAGCCAGCACGGAUCCGGCCCCCGCUGUGGGACCCGGGUAGGUGUGGACGCGCCCGCCGGGGCUCCCGUGAGCGGAGGAUGGGAACACCCCCCGGCCAUGUCUCUGGGCCGCCUCCUCCGCCGGGCCUCCUCCAGAGCCUCGGACCUCCUGACCCUCGCCCCGGGGGCCGGCGGGCCCCCCUCCAUCCUGGACGGGGAGAUCAUCUACUCCAAGAACAACGUGUGUGUGCACCCGCCCGAGGGGCUGCAGGGGCUGGGGGAGCACCACCCAGGCUACCUGUGCUUGUACAUGGAGAAGGAUGAGCUGCUGGGGGCCACCCUCAUCCUCGCCUGGGUCCCCAACUCCCGGAUCCAGCGGCAGGACGAGGAGGCGCUGCGCUACAUCACCCCCGAGGGCUCCCCCGUGCACAAGGCACCCCGUCCGCGGGCCCGGCGCACCCAGAGCUCGGGCGCUCCCUGCCGGGCCUCCCCCACGGAGCCAAGGCCCCCCCUGACCCCCCAAGACGAGGACAUCCUGGUGGUGGCCCAGGGCCUCCGGGGCACCCUGCACAUCAGCCCUUCGCCCGAGGACGGGGAGAAGCUGGCCCAGGGCCUGGGGAUGGACGGCACCGUCCCGGCCUCGCAGCCGGCCCACAGCGACUCGGGGAUCCUGUCCGCGGUCAGUUCGCAGGACGGGACCGAGGAGGGGCGGGAGCUGCGGCCCGAGGCAGGCGAGGAGGAGGGCUCCACGGAGCUGUCGGCCGAGGGUGUGAGCAGGGACAGCUCCUUCGACUCAGACUCGGAGGCCUUCUCCUCCCCCUUCUGCCUGUCGCCCGUGAGCGCCGCCCUGGUGGACAGCAGCGGCUCCGUGUUCCUGGAGGGCGAGAGCAGCUCCCCCCCCAGCGUGGACGCCGCCCUGCGCUUCCCCGACAGCGACGGCCUCCUGCAGACCCCGCGCUGGGACGAGCCGCAGCGGGCGCGGGCCCUGGAGCAGAUCUGCGGCGUGUUCCGUGUGGACCUGGGACACAUGCGCUCCCUGCGCCUCUUCUUCAGUGACGAGGCCUGCACCAGCGGCCAGCUGGUCGUCGCCAGCCGCGAGAGCCAGUACAAGGUCCUCCAUUUCCACCACGGCGGCCUGGACAAGCUGGCGAGCGCGCUCCAGCAGUGGGAGCGCUGCGCUGGGACCCGCCUCCACGGCCAGCAGGUGGCCGACGAGAAGACGUGCAUGAAGUUCUCCAUCCGACGCCCCAAACUGCCCUCCUCCGAGACGCACCCCGAGGAGAGCACGUACCGCAGGCUGGACGUGGCCGCCUGGCUGCGGCACCUGAACGAGCGGGGCCAGCUGGAGGAGGAGUACAAGCUGCGCAAGGCCAUCUUCUUCGGCGGCAUCGACGUGUCCAUCCGCGGGGAGGUGUGGCCCUUCCUGCUUCGCUACUACAGCCCCGAGUCCACGUCGGAGGAGAGGGAGGCGCUGCGGGCGCAGAAGCGCAAGGAGUACGCGGAGAUUGAGCAGAGAAGGCUCUCCAUGACCCCCGAGGAGCACCGGGCGUUUUGGCGAAACGUGCAGUUCACGGUGGACAAGGAUGUGGUGCGGACAGAUCGCAGCAGCCAGUUCUUCCGCGGCGAAGGCAAUCCGAACGUGGAGAGCAUGAGGAGGAUCCUGUUGAACUACGCUGUGUACAACCCGGCCAUCGGCUACUCGCAGGGCAUGUCGGACCUGGUGGCGCCCCUCCUGGCCGAGGUCCUGGACGAGUCGGACACCUUCUGGUGCUUCGUGGGCCUCAUGCAGAACACCAUCUUCGUCAGCUCCCCGCGGGACGAGGACAUGGAGAGGCAGCUGGGCACCGCAUCCGCCUGCCCUGGGCUGCACCCCGGGCUCGGAACGGCCUCAGAUCCGCAAGAAACGGGCCCAGCGGGGGUCGGCCCAGCAGGUGCCGACACAAAGCACAGGGCGCCUCAUCGCAUGCCUGUCCCUGCUGUACCUGCGGGAGCUGCUGCGGCUGACGCACCUGCGCUUCUACCAGCACCUGGCGUCGCUGGGCGAGGACGGGCUGCAGCUGCUCUUCUGCCACCGCUGGCUGCUGCUGUGCUUCAAGCGCGAGUUCCCCGAGGCCGAGGCGCUGCGCAUCUGGGAGGCCUGCUGGGCCCACUACCAGACGGAUUACUUCCACCUCUUCAUCUGCGUGGCCAUCGUGGCCAUCUACGGGGACGACGUCAUAGAGCAGCAGCUGGCUACCGACCAGAUGCUCCUGCACUUUGGAAACUUGGCCAUGCACAUGAACGGGGAGCUGGUCCUCCGGAAGGCGAGGAGUCUGCUGUACCAGUUCCGCCUCCGGCCCCGGAUCCCCUGCAGCCUGCACGACCUGUGCAAGCUGUGCGGCAGCGGCAUGUGGGACAGCGGGUACAUGCCCGCCGUGGAGUGCACGGGCCACCACCCGGGGGCAGAGAGCUGCCCCUAUGGGGGCACGGGCUAGCCAGCCGCCUUCGCCCACACCCCCCCCCCGAGGAAGCAAGAAGGUGCCCACGAAGGCUCUGGCUUCCGCAGAUCGGCCGGGUUCCCCACGCUGGACGGCCCCGGGCAUGUGGGGGGGUGGGGAUGGGCAGGGACAGGGCAGGGCAGGGGGUGGUCACAACGAAAGGAAGAUGCCUUUGGGCGACACGAAGGGGACAUUUUCAUAUUAAUAGGAAAUCAGAGUCUGGGAGGGAGAGAAGGAAGCCCCGUCGCUUCCCUCUGACACCCUCAGCCAGGCCCGGAUCCCUUCAGCGGGGGCAGGAGGAGGGAGAAGGUCUAGUUCAGCCACCAGCUCCUGGGAUGUGCAGCAGAAGGGGGGCCCAUCGAGGCCCAGGGACAUCUUUGCAAGCUGGACACGCCUCCUUAUCCGGCCUAGUUCUCACAGCCUCUCUGGCCACAGCUCCAAAGACAUCUGCCCCCCAAAAAGAAAAAGUCGCCCCCCUGAUUUCGGGGUGGAGGGGGGUUGGGAAGCUGGGGCUCGGACACUUCACAUUGUGCCUCCUGGUUUGUGAAGGACGCUGCCUGCCCAUGAGCCGGAGUGCCUGAGAGACAAGCUCGUAUGUUAACUUCCAGCCAGGCAAAGGCACCGCAAAGCAGCCAGCGCUCAGGGCUCCCCUGCUUCCUGGGGGAGCAGGUCUCCCCAGGACCCCUCCCUCUUUAGGGUUUUAUACCAGUUGCUCCUGGGGAUUUCGAGGCGGACAGACCGGGGCAGGGAGGGCUCCCCCAGCCAUUGGCACCAAAAGCCACUCGGACAGGCGGCAGCAAGGACGCGGGAUCCUGCUCGGCCCGGGGCGACGCCCCUGAGAGCCGCUGCCCACGGCCUCUCCCUGGGCGGCGCUGGCCGCUGCCGUCCAUUUUAAACAUGUAGGAAGGUGUUUAGCACCCUGGUCAGUGGGCUCAGUGGUUAGAGCUCGGCCCGCAGACUGAAGGGUUUCGGGUUUGAUUCUGGACAAGGGCGCGCGCGUACCUGGGUUCAGGCUCCAUCCGCAGCCCCCGUCAGGACACGUGCAGGAGCCAACCCAUCCAUGUCUCUCUCACAUCGAUGCUUCUCUCUGUCUCUCCCCCUCCCUCCACUCUCUCUAAAAAAAGAUCAAUGGAAAAAAUACCCUCGAGUGAGGAUUAACAAAAACAGUCUUAGAUGUUUAUCAACAGGAAAGAGGAAGUUAGCAGCCUCCUCCGCCCCAUUGCCGACUGAGACUGUCCACCCCGUCCUGGGCCCUCUGUCCAAGAGCCUCGGGACACGCUCCUGGAGCCCAUCCUCGCUCAGAUCUUGGGGUGCUGACCGAGACAGCCCAGCGGCCGGGCCCAGCUGGGGGGCGGGGGGGGGCUUCUCACCCACUUGGCUCUGGGAAGACAGGGCUGCUCUCUGCGGGGAUGGGCUCGGGCUAGCCCGGCGCUGUGCAGUCUCUGGGGCCGGUCCCCGUGAACAGGCGUGUCAGUCACUGUCGCCACGGUGACCUCAUAGCACCCGGAGCCUCCGUGGCCUCGAGAACCUGAGGGUCAGCGCUUGCUGGGCUCGCGCCUGUGUCUGGGGCCAACCUGCUGUUAAGUCCCGGGGGAGUGCCCGCCGGUGUGGGGGUCGGACGGGCGCUGCCCGGGUCGCCCAUCUCCCUGCAGGCGAGCCCGGCCGAGGCCCAGGUCAGAGGCAGGGAUGCUCAGACACGGUCCCGCCUCAGUGGUGUCACUCCUGCCACAUCCUGUGUUCAAAGCAAAUCCCGGCUCUCAGCCCGCACCCCCCCCCCUUCCCCCGGUGGCAAGGGACCGCUGCCUCCGCGGUGAGAGGAGCAGCCGGGUGGCCUGGGGGCUGGCGACGGGGAAGGCGAGGACUGGGCGGCGGUACUCUCCCCUCAACCAGGAAGUCUUGGUCCAAAUAGAGGGUCUGGGACACGCCAUUCCGGCAAGAAUCGGGCACCGCUGUGCCGUACCUUGUGCCUUUGGGCUGCUGGGGUGCUGCCCAGGGAUCCCCUCAUUGGGAGGCCCUGGUGCGAAACGUUAAUCCCGAAUCUCCCUCAGCCCCACAGCCCCCCAAGGCCCCGUGCCCAUGGCACACUGGCCCUUGGCGCUUCCACCUCCCACCCCUGCGGCCACCUCUCCAGCGGCCGGGGAGGGCACCCGCUCCAGGGUGGAGAAGGCCGGGCUCACCAGGGUCCCUUCAUGGGGAUGCAAUCAGAGGCAAGCGGCCUGAGGCAGCUGUGGAGGGUCGGAGGGUCGGAGGGUCGGUGGCAGUUCCCUCAUUAGGCUCCCGCCGCCCGCCCACCGCCCACCGCCCUCCGCCAGGACCAGGGCCAGCGAGCGAGCGGCUGGACCAGCUGCCCGGUGCUCCAGGUGCAGCUCAUUCAUCGCACUUGUUAAAAUGUCACGUCAUGUGAUUGGCGGGUGCGCGCAUCCCCAAGGGCCCCCACGCUGGUGUCCGUGCCGCCGUUCCCGGGUGGCGUCGGGCACGUGCUGGCUCGGAGGGGCGCCCGGUGGGGCUCAGCCUGGGACACAGUGGUCGGGCUGGGCCUGUGAUCCGGGCCGGAACCAGGAACCUGUGUGCUCACCGGAGGCUGCAGGCCUGAGUCCGGCAGGAAGACUUGGAGCUCACAUCACCGGAGUGGGUGUCCCUGAGCCCAUGCGGGGGGCGGGGCCGGGUCCACGGGCAGCGCGGACAGGAUUUUGUUGCUUAAGGGAAAGUGUCACGCGAUGCCCAGCGCUACCAAGAGGCCGCUGGUGUCCCUGGAGAGCGAUUCCUUCUCUGUAUUUUGUUUUGUUUUCAAACAUGAUUCCCCGCUGGUCAGGCCCUGCCCAGGCCGGGCUGGUCCUGUGACCGUGUCCAUGACCAGGGCAGCCCCGCGACGCUUCCGGCUCAUGAUUCCACCGCCAAGUAAAUAAAAGUAUUGACGACAA